ACACAUUGUUCACAACAACCAAACCCCCCACUUGCUAGCCAUCUUCUUUCUUUUUUGUGUUUGUUUAUCAUCCUCCCUUGACACUUUGACACCGAUCGAUCAAGUUGAAGGCAGCUGCAACAAUGACACAGCCGGACACGUUUACUGGCGGCGGUAGUGGCAACGGCAGCGGUUCCAAUUAUAGCGAUGCGAAGAAGACAAAGAAAGAAGAAGAAGAAGGUAAAGGAAAGCAGCAGCGGAAGGUUUCGUUGUUGAAGCUCUUCUCGUUCGCCGAUUCAUAUGACUACUUGCUAAUGGCAGUCGGAUCCGUCGGGGCGUGUGUUCAUGGAGCUUCAGUUCCUAUCUUCUUUAUCUUCUUUGGCAAGUUGAUCAAUAUUAUUGGCAUGGCUUAUCUUUUUCCCAAAGAAGCUUCUUCCAAAGUUGCUAAGUACUCGUUGGAUUUUGUAUAUCUGAGUGUGGCUAUAUUGUUUUCUUCAUGGACGGAGGUGGCUUGCUGGAUGCACACUGGGGAAAGACAAGCGGCAAAAAUGAGGAUGGCAUAUUUGAGGGCGAUGCUGAAUCAAGACAUAAGUCUCUUUGACACUGAAGCUUCCACAGGAGAGGUCAUCUCUGCCAUCACAAGUGACAUAAUUGUUGUUCAAGAUGCACUUUCUGAGAAGGUAGGGAACUUCUUGCAUUACGUAAGCCGGUUUCUAGCAGGUUUCAUAAUUGGGUUUGUUAGGGUAUGGCAAAUCAGUCUGGUCACACUCUCCAUUGUUCCAUUAAUUGCCCUUGCUGGUGGCGUCUAUGCCUACGUCACAAUUGGCCUCAUUGCUAGGGUUCGCAAAUCCUACGUCAAAGCCGGUGAAAUUGCCGAGGAGGUGAUCGGAAAUGUGAGGACGGUGCAAGCAUUUGCCGCAGAAGACAAGGCGGUAAGAGAGUAUAAGGCAGCACUCUUGAAAACGUACAAGUAUGGGAAGAAAGCAGGACUGGCCAAGGGUCUUGGCCUUGGCUCCAUGCACUGCUCCCUUUUCCUUUCGUGGUCUUUGCUUGUUUGGUUCACUAGCAUUGUUGUUCACAAGGGUAUUGCCAAUGGCGGCGAAUCCUUCACCACCAUGCUUAACGUUGUUAUUGCUGGCCUGUCACUAGGACAGGCCGCACCAGACAUCACUGCAUUCAUUCGAGCCAAGGCAGCCGCGUAUCCCAUAUUUGAAAUGAUAGAGAGGAACACGAUGAGCCAAUCUAGCAGCAAUAAUGGCCACAAACUGAACAAAAUUGAGGGUCAUAUACAAUUUAAGGACGUAUGUUUUAGUUACCCGUCUCGUUCUGAUGUUAGCAUCUUCAACAAGCUCAAUCUUGAUAUCCCUGCCGGAAAGAUUGUAGCUCUUGUGGGAGGCAGUGGAUCGGGAAAGAGUACAGCUAUAUCCUUGAUCGAACGCUUCUACGAGCCACUUGCUGGCCAGAUAUUAUUAGAUGGACAUAAUAUCAAGGAGCUUGACAUCAAAUGGCUUAGGCAGCAAAUUGGGCUGGUCAACCAGGAGCCUGCCCUUUUUGCAACAAGCAUUAAGGAAAAUAUUCUCUAUGGGAAAUAUGAUGCUACAUUCGACGAGAUCACACGUGCAGCUAAACUUUCAGAAGCUCUCUCUUUCGUAAAUAAUCUCCCAGAGAGAUUUGAAACUCAGGUUGGUGAGAGAGGAAUACAACUUUCAGGAGGACAAAAGCAAAGGAUUGCAAUAGCACGUGCAAUAGUGAAGAAUCCGUCAGUUCUCCUAUUGGAUGAAGCAACAAGCGCACUGGACGCAGAGUCUGAGAAGAGUGUGCAGGAGGCACUUGAUCGUGCCAUGGUGGGACGAACAACAGUAGUGGUGGCCCAUCGUCUUUCUACGGUUAGGAAUGCAGAUGUAAUUGCUGUUGUUCAAGAGGGUAAGAUAGUGGAAACCGGGAGCCAUGAGGAGCUCAUUUCUAAUCCAAACGGUGUCUAUGCAGCACUAGUUCAAUUACAAGAGACAGCUUCUUUGCAACGCCACCCCUCAAUUGGUAACUUGGGAAGGCCACUAAGUGUGAGGAAUUCACGAGAAUUAUCCCGCACUACAACAAGUUUCGGAGCCAGCUUCCGUUCUGAUAAAGAAUCUGUUGGCCGUACUGGUGCUGAUGUAAUGGAGACUGUAAAGUCAAAACAUGUUUCAGCAGGGAGACUGUAUUCCAUGGUUGGUCCAGACUGGUAUUAUGGCGUGAUAGGCACCUUUGGUGGCCUUAUUGCUGGAGCUCAGAUGCCUCUUUUUGCUCUCGGGGUCUCUCAGGCUCUUGUUUCAUUUUACAUGGACUGGGAGACAACAAAACAUGAGGUUAAAAAAAUCUCUUUACUCUUCUGCGGGGCUGCAUUUUUAACUGUCAUUGUUCAUGCCAUAGAGCAUCUUUGUUUUGGGAUUAUGGGAGAGCGACUCACUCUUCGUGUUAGAGAAAAGAUGUUUUCCGCCAUAUUGAGGAAUGAGAUCGGAUGGUUUGAUGAUACAAACAACACUAGUUCUAUGCUUUCAUCACGUCUAGAAAGUGAUGCAACUUUGUUAAGAACUAUUGUUGUUGAUCGGACAACAAUUCUUAUACAGAAUUUGGGUUUGGUUGUUGCCUCAUUCGUCAUCGCCUUCAUCUUGAACUGGAGAAUUACACUCGUGGUCAUAGCCACAUAUCCCUUGAUCAUUAGUGGUCACAUAAGCGAGAAACUUUUCUUUCAAGGCUACGGUGGAAACUUGAGCAAAGCAUAUCUAAAAGCUAACAUGCUAGCCGGGGAGGCUGUGAGUAACAUCCGCACUGUUGCUGCAUUUUGUUCUGAGGAGAAGAUCAUCGACCUUUAUGCUCGUGAGCUUGUGGAUCCUUCUAGACGUUCAUUUACUCGCGGUCAGAUUGCUGGCAUAUUCUACGGUGUAUCCCAAUUCUUCAUAUUCUCGUCCUAUGGCCUGGCCUUGUGGUAUGGUUCUGUUUUAAUGGGAAAGGAGCUCGCAAGCUUUAAAUCUGUCAUGAAAUCUUUCAUGGUUUUGAUUGUGACGGCAUUAGCUAUGGGUGAGACUUUAGCACUUGCCCCAGACCUCUUGAAAGGGAACCAAAUGGUGUCAUCAGUCUUUGAAGUAUUGGAUCGUGGAACCGAAGUCCUGGGAGACGUAGGAGAGGAGCUUAUGAAAGUUGAAGGUACAAUAGAGCUAAGGAGUGUUCACUUCGGCUACCCUUCAAGACCAGACGUAUCCAUUUUCAAGGACUUCAAUUUGAAAGUGCGCUCGGGCAAAAGUAUGGCACUAGUGGGGCAAAGUGGAUCUGGAAAAAGCUCUGUGCUUUCCCUAAUACUCCGAUUUUACGAUCCAACCUCUGGGAAAGUCAUGAUUGAUGGGAAAGACAUCAAGAAACUCAAUAUCAAGUCUCUUCGUAAACACAUUGGCUUGGUUCAACAAGAACCAGCUCUCUUUGCCACAUCAAUUUAUGAAAACAUCCUCUAUGGAAAAGAUGGAGCUUCUGAAGCAGAAGUUAUUGAAGCGGCUAAGCUUGCUAAUGCGCACAGUUUCAUCAGUGCCCUUCCUGAGGGAUACUUAACCAAAGUCGGAGAGCGAGGGGUGCAACUAUCUGGUGGUCAAAGGCAAAGGGUAGCCAUUGCCCGUGCCGUUCUAAAGAACCCAGAAAUCUUGUUAUUAGAUGAAGCUACCAGUGCUCUAGAUGUGGAGUCGGAGCGCGUGGUGCAACAAGCUCUUGACAGAUUGAUGAAGAACCGUACAACGGUAUUGGUGGCACAUAGGCUUUCGACAAUAAAAAAUGCAGAUGAAAUCUCAGUUAUACAAGACGGGAAGAUUGUUGAGCAAGGAGGUCACUCGACACUUAUAGAGAACAGAAAUGGACCAUAUUUCAAGUUAAUAAACAUUCAGCAACAGCAGCAACAACAACAGUAACAAAAUUCGGAACAGAAUACUCAUCCUCACUGUGCCUUUGUAAUUCUUUCACUUUUCUUGUUAUUUCUUUUUCUUUUUCACCAUAUAUGAAUAUCAUAUAGACUUGUCAAAUGGAGAUAUUGCAUUUGUCUGAGAAUAAUGAUAAUAUACAUAUUGGGGUGUUGCUGUACAAAAUGAGUUGGUUUUUCU